UUAGUCUGAUAAGGGGCUUCAUUGUGAACGAACGUUUCCGGUCUUCGAGCUGAAGUUAAUAUUCUGGUUCAAAUUGGUUCAGUACAUAGACAUACUACAUAUCACCAUUACAUACACAUACACACAAAUGUAUGUAGAUACAUAUAUACUAUUGAACUUAAGGAAAAACUAUACCUUCAACUAACUCGAAUACAACAAAAUAAUUCGCACAAGCACACACAAUUAAACGUUCAGCACAUAACAAAAUAACAGUACAAAUAACAUAUCCAAAAACACAUACAUAUGUACAUACAGACAUAUAUCAAUUGUCAAUGCAAUACAUUUUAACUGACAUAUCAAAUUGUAGGUAAAUUUAUAAAAGGAAAUCUUCAAAAUUUUGAAAGUGUGAAAUUUUUACUUCGAGCACAAGAAGCCAGCGAGUGUAUUAGCACGGGCUGAAAAUUCAAUUCAAAAUUAUGAAAGUGAAUCGUUCGAUAUUUGUGUACCUAUGCGUUGAUUAGCGUAUAUGAAAAUUGCGGUUAAGUCGGUGAGAACUUGAAGCAGACGAAAUUAAACUCAAGGAUGUGCAGCGCUUAAUUUACGCCAAUUAAAUUAAAAUUUUUGCUUUGCGAUGAGAAUUUCUAUUUAAAUUGUGGAUAUUAUUUCGAACAAGCUAUAGAAGCGUUUCUACAAUUUCAAAAUCUCCGAAGCAGCAGAAAAACAUAUGACAAAAUAUUUUGUGAUUUUUGAAAAAAAAAAUAUUGAAACAGUCCUGAGUGCAUAUAUAUUUUAUUGAGAGUUUCAUAUCCAAAGUGAUUUUAAAGGAAUUGUCGCAGCCAUUGUCCUUGAGAGCCUUUGUCGGCGAAUGGCAACAAAAGUUUUGAGUUACAAAACGACUGACAACAAGCAAAGCGACAACUGUCGCAAAUCAAUUUAUAUCAAUCAUAAUUAGGUGUGAAAUAACAACUUAAACGAAGCCACACGCAAACGAGCCGCACGCACGACUGGCAUGAGUUGGAGGGACGCCAAAUGAACAAAGUCUUCCGCAGCACUUGUCAACCAUUGAAUUUGAUUAAUUGUAGCAAUAAAGUUGAAACAAAUGUUGCACAGUCAGUGAAGGGAGAGAGAGAGAGAGAAAGAAAUCGCAAGAGUGGCAGAGUGACAAGCAAAAUUAGCUCACAUAUAUACAUACGUUUAUAAGCGCGGACAGGAGACACAGUGGCAUUGCGCGAGCAUUUAGAAAUUCUAUCGUUGUAAUUGCUAAAUUUGACACGCUCGCAAUUGUCGGUCGAAUUGUCGGCGAACUGAGAUAGGUUCGCAAUUCCCGUUCUUUCGUGGCCACAAGCGGUGCAAUUAAACAACAACAACAACAGAGACAGACAGAGACAUAGAGAAAGAACUCAAGAAUUAAAUUGCAUGAAUUAGCAGUUUAGAGCGGCGAAAGAGUAAUCAACAACCAUACAUCAGUGCUGACGACCACAACUGAACAAACAACAACAAUCAUAAUUACUGCAACCGACGCAUCAGCACACACAACCGCACGUCAACCGGUUGACUACGCCCGCAAGCGGCAAACUAUCUGAUGGUCGAGCCGCCGUCACAACAGCCGUAUUCCCAAAGCAGCUCUGACAAGCCACAGGCUUAGAAAUCUACACACAAAUUUGAGCGCACGCACACAGGCUCACACACUCAGAGCUGAAAGCUGGCAUUGCCCGCAACUGACAGGCCUGCCGGGAUACAAAUUCAAUAUUGUUGCCGUUGUUUGGAGUUUAUUAAAUUGAUUGGCCGUAACUAAUUGGACGGUCGGGCGUGGGCGAACGAGUGUACGAGAGCCAACGGCAGCCACAACUAUACGAGUAUAACCGUAUAAACGGCAAUGAAAUCCCAGCAAGCACAAUAUACGCCGUGCACAAUAUAGUCUGUCUCAACAACAAACAACAAUUACAACAACACCAUCACAAAAUAUACAGUUGUGAAAAUUUUCAAUUUUAAACGCACACAACAACACUAUCACAACUAGGCAUACAGGUAAUACUAACCCACAACUAUCUGCACGCACAAACAACAACAACAACAACACCAACACACACACACUAUUAAUACAAAAAUACACGAAGCAUUAGGAACAUUCACCAGAGAAUUACAUAGGCACACAAGCACUAACACACCAGCACGCACAUAGUUUAAUGAAUACGGAAUUUCAUACAGUGUUGGGGUAUAAUUUAAUUAGCCAAAAUAGCGCAACGUUGGAAGCAGCUCAAGCAGCACAUACUCAACCAGCCGCAACAUAGGGCGGUGCAACGUGAAGCGCAGCAGCAGCAGCAGGCGCUGCAGCCGCAAACACAAUCGCCUCAACAUCAGCAUCAACAGCAAAAGCGACAACAAGCGCAACCGUUCCAGCAGGCGCAGCCGAAGCUCCAGGCGCAGCAGGCGCUAGAGCAAGCAACCGCUCCACCGCAGCAGCAGCAGCAGCAGAGGCAACAGCAGCCAACGCAGGCGCCGCUAACUGCUUGCGUGGCGUCCACAGCUGCAGCGGUAGCAGCGAACGACCCGGCGACUUUUGGUUCAAUUAACCCAGCGACAACCGCAAUAACAACGGCCACAACGGCGGCCAGAGUCUUCUCGCGUUACGAUAGCCUUGAGGAGCUGCAGCAGCGAACGAGCAGAAGUGGAAGCGCAAUCGGAAUAUUGCCAGUGGUCGCGGCACAGGGUCCACAGGGAGCGCGCGGCAGUAUAGCAGUCGGAGCUGGAGUUGGCGCGGCAGGUUUGUAUGCAUCCGCGGGAGCACGUCUACCAGUAGCGGGUGGCGUCAGUGGCAAUAGUGGAAGCGGCAGCGGUGUUGGUGUACGCGGUUCGGCAGGUUCGCGCAGUGGUAGCAUAGCGCCCGGUUUAGAUGGUCACCGUGCGGUGCUGAGUGCUGGUGGAACAAGCGUAGUGUCGCCGGCUGGUCAACAGUUGAGCAGGGGCAGUGUGAAUGGCUAUUCGACGGCAACAACAGCGGUUGGUAUUGGUGGCGGUGUUGGCAUCGGUAUUGGAGGAGUUAGCGGCGGCGCGGGCAGCGGUUCACAAUUAAUAGGUGGCACCACAUCGACGGCACGUGGGCGGCUCUCAAUCAGUUCACCAUCUGGCGCAGGCGCAACAGCAGCGACACAAGGCGGUGUAGCUACAGCGAAUGAUUUCUUGUUAAUAGGUGGUGCUGGUGGUGUUGGUGGUAGUGGUGCGGGUGUUGGCCAAGGCCAAGUUGGCAGUGCUGGUUCCGGCGCGGGUGGCGGUGGCGCUGGCGGUGGUGUUCCUAAACGGCAGGGCAGCUUUUCGAAUGUUUUCUCGAAAUUAAUCGACGGAAUGCCCGCCGGUACAAUGUUCUCUAAAUUCAAGAGUGCCAAUACGGCAUCCACAUCCCUGCAAAACAUCACCGAUGCAAAUCCUAUCAGUCAGUACUUCGAGAUUGGCAAACAAGUGGCCUGUGCAGGUCCGGAGCUGGUGUGGCGGAUACAUGAUGGCUAUCGCAAAAGUGACGGCAGGGAAUGUUCUAUAUUUGUUUUCGAGAAGAAAAUUGCUGAAAAACUUCAUAAACCGCGACGUAAAGAGACAGUAACGGAACUACUUCGAAACUCUGUAAAGACAAUGGAGCGUUUUCGUCACCCUAGAAUUCUACAAGUUAUACACACAGUGGAAGAGUCGACAGAUACUUUGGCUUUCGCCACUGAACCUAUCUUCGCUAGUCUUUCUAAUAUUUUGGCGUUUCAUGAAUCAAAAACUUAUGAAAAUAUGGGCAUGCCGUCGAACAGUGGCGGGACGGGCGCGCAGAGCAGUCAGCAACAGAACGCAGCAGGGCCACAGCGACCAGCUCAUGCAAAGGAGUAUAAUUUUCUGGAUAUCGAAUGGAAAUACGGUUUUCUACAACUAGUGGAAGCUUUAUCAUUUUUGCACUACUCGGGCCACGUCAUUCAUCGGAAUGUGUGUCCAUCAUCUAUAUUAGUAACCAAGCGUGGUACCUGGAAACUGGCAGGCCUAGAAUUUAUAGAACGAAUGAGUGAGACUGAUGUAAAUGAGUUCGUUCCUUGCCCGCCUUGGAGUAACAAGGUUUCAAAAAUGGCUCAACCAAAUCUGGAUUUCAUGGCUCCUGAGACUCAAUUAACUUCGAAGGGCAGCCUACUUAGUGACAUGUUCUCUUUGGGCUUGGUAAUAUGUGCGGCUUUCAACAAUGGACGACCGCUCAUCCAAGCCGGCAAUGUAGUGUCGAAUUAUAUGAAGCAGUUGGAGUCGCUGGAAGAGUCCGUGCAGAAAAUGUUGCCGCGAGUGCCGGUACCACUCCAAGAGGCCACCUCACGUUUGGUUAGUCGAGAUCCCACCGCACGACCGACGGCUCAGCUCUUACAAUUGAUUAAAUACUUUAGUGAUCCCGCUGUGAAUGCGCUCAAGUUCCUGGAUGUGGUCAACAUGAAGGACACAUCGCAGAAAUCACACUUCUACAAGAACACGCUAAUGGAAGCGAUGCCGCUGAUACCGAAGAAAUUGUGGUGGCAAAAUGUGUGGCCAAUGUUGCAGGCCGAAAUCAGUAAUGGCGAAGUGCUGGCAGCUGUUCUGCAACCCGUCAUUAAGCUCAUUCAUGAGGCAUCGCCGAGCGAGUACGAGUCGAUUAUGGCGCCAACAAUGAAAGUAAUUUUCGGCUCGCCCAAAUCCAUCCAGGCCACUGUCACCUUGCUGGAAAAUUUACAUCUGAUUAUAGAGAAGACCGCGCCCGGCGAUGUCACCACCGACAUCAUUCCAAUGUUGUUCUUUGCUUUCGAAAGCUCAACGAUACAAGUGCAGAGCGCUGCUGUUGUCGCAGUUACAAAUGUCUUUGACAAUAUCGAGGAUGUGUCCAUCAGGCGAAUGGUGAUUCCGAAGGUGAAAUCUGUUUUCGAAAAGAACCUAGCGGAUCCGAAGAUUGUCCAAAACGUACUUAUCUGCAUAGAGGUGCUCAUGGACAAACUGGACCGAGCUCAGGUGAUGGAAGAGGUGCUCCAGCUGCUUAGCGAUGUCCGCAUACCGGAACCGGAUAUUGUUAUGCGUACAGUGCAUAUCUAUCAUAAAAUGGUUGUCGAUAAAACGUAUGGUCUGACCGUGGAGACAAUGGCUACGCAUGUGCUUCCACUAUUGAUACCGCAUACCGUUAAUCCGGGAUUGAAUCUCGAACAAUACUGCAUGCUGGUGGAGGUGCUGCAGGAGAUGCUCGAACAAAUUGACCGUCAGCAACGUAAUAAAUUGAAACUGGACAAUCUGUCAAUACCAUCACCGGAGCGCCAUCGCCCGUUGCGACAUCAAUUCUCAUCGGAUAACAUGAACGCCCCGCCAUUCAAUAUACCCAAUUUGCGUAUCGAUCAGCGGAAAACAUCCAGUGCAGAGGAUAUGGCACGCAAGAAUUCCGGAGUUCGCUUAUUUACAGGUUCAGGUAUGCUGGGCGGCUGGUGGUUCGGCUGCUCGCCGUCAUCGCCCGACAGCAAUUUCCUGCGCGUGGCCAAUGCAUUCCCCAACCGACGGCUGUCGGACAACACUCUGAUGACGCCGAAAAUACGCAUCGCACCCUCGUGCGCUUCCUCGCCAGGUGGCACGCCGGGCAGCGGGCUGCCCACACGCCGACACUCGAGCAUCGGACCACAGGAACGACGCGGCUCGACAAUCAAUCUGUCACCGCCUACUACGUAUGGUUUUGGCGCACGCGGUAGCUCCGGAUCGAGUUUGUCGGUACCCUCCUCGUCGGCCUAUGUUAAAUCUCCUUUAUUAUCCUCCAACAAACAGGGUGGAUCAAUGCCGAACACCUCGAGCAGUGUGCCGUUCUUACUGUCGUCCAGUAUGCAGUCGAUCCGUUCUAGACGCACCUCAACUGUACUCUCAUCGGGACCCUUGGGAUCUGGCUCUGGUCUGCUACAGCAACUCGGCAGCGGAAUGGUAAGACAAAUAACUACUUCUGUAUCAGGCACUGCUAGCCCGGUGCAACACUUAGUGGUCAAUGGACAACGCACCUACGUCCGAAAGUGUCCGUCACUCAAUAUCACAUUCAGUCAGUAGUGAACAAAUGCAGAACCGUUUUGAUAAAUACUCGUAUUCUAACGCAGAAAUAACGAAGUGAAGCCUGAUGGCGUUGGCAAGAUAUGAAGAUUUGCAAACGCCUUAAACGCAAAUACGCAUUGAAUCAUUUGAGCUGUGCUUUGUAACAAAAUAUUUAACAGAAAAAAAGGAUUUUUAAUUUACACACUUACAUACAUAUAUACAUACUAGCAAGUAAUAUAAUAUAAUAUUAGAUAAAAGAAAUAUUUAAAAAUAAUGAUAAUAACAAAAUUAAACGAAGUGGAACACACGCUGGGCGCUCACAAACGUCACAUAAACGUCAAACGCUGACAAAUUGUUGGUUUUGUGAACAUAUUACAUACUCUUGGAAGUAAGCCAAUUAAGCUGCAAGUUCGCAGAGGUCCUUUAUAUACUCUGCUGUGCCACUAAAGCAGGGAUAGAAUUGAAUAUUUCAGUAUAACUUAAACUGAUAUUUUAUAGCAUAUGUAUGUACAUUGUGCUAACGAGGCUUCUACAAGAGAAGGACUUUCAGUUUUCUUCGGACAUAAGACUUUCAAUUCUGGUCUCCAUAAUUGUGAUCAAACAUCAUUUUUAUGGAUCUCUGGUCUCCUCGGAAAUUUAAAGUCACUCUCUUGCGCACACACCUUGUUUGCAACAUUAUGCAAUCGUUUCCUGAUUAAUCCCAGUAAUCCAUAGUAAUCUUUAAGCUCAAUUACACUUACAUAUGUAUAUUUCUAGUUGUUGCAUAAUGAAACAUUCAUAUACUCUUAAACCCGGCUGUGACAGUAACUACUCGUUUAAGAUGUCGCCGAAGCGAUAACUAAUUUUGGUCCAAAAUCGCGUGUUUUUUCAACAUAAAUUGCAUUUUCCGAAUGACAAAUUUUGAAGGGACCAAAGACGUCGCAAAGCACACAAUUCUUUAAUAAUAUAGUAUUUUAGUGAUUGAAAACUGCAGUGAGCAGCGUUCUCUGCACAGCUACUCACCUCUUUUGAGAGAUGUCUUCAGUGUUUUUGAAAAACAAAUUUAUACUAUCCAUUAAUGCUCUCGUCCCCUUCACAGGUGCCCCAUUAUUUGUUAGAUUCCCGCAAUUUAGUGUUGCUUAUUCUGAAAAUGAUUGCAGUCAAAUGAAAGCACACACGUACCCAAAUCGCAUCAGAGAAAUUCGUUUGAUAAGUUUUUGAAAAAUUAACAAAUAUAAAAAUUUAUUUAUUUUUUUCGUGUUCGGAAAAUUAAUAUCAAAGAAAAUAAUGAUCAAAGUGUCUCAGAAUUUGCAAGGAAAGCUUUGGCAAAUUUUGUGAUUUUUUAUAUAAAUAAUUCUAAAUCAAAAAUUGAUCGUUUCCCCACAUAAUAUUUGCUUAACUUGUUGUUGUUGCUCUAUUUAUGCAAGCAUUUUAGACGGGGCAGAGGGUAACAAUGUCACGAAUAUUAAGCAUUCAAUUACAUAUACAUAUGUACCGUAUGUAUUAUACAUAAUAGUCUCUAUACAAAGAUCAAACAUAAAUGUUACUCUUACUUUAUCUACAUGUUUUGGCUUUCCUAAGCCCAAAUAAUCACAAUUAAUAGCGUAUAUGUUAAUACUCAUACCAAUGAUUUGUUGUUGAAGUGCUCUAAAAUAUAUACAUUUUUAAUUACAACAUAUAUAUAUUAAUAUAAACUAUAAGGAUGCUCCCAAGGAGCACAUGUCCUUCAGUUUUUCAUACACACUUUGUAUAUACAUACUAUAUAUGUAGAUGCAUAUAUGCGUAUGUACUUGUAAUAUUAUUGUAUUUUUAGCGUGCACUCAAUAAUUGUAAUCAAAACACAAUUGUGUUUUUAAUUAGUCGUAAAACACACACUUAGCUCUUAAUUUAUCCAAACACAAACAUGUUGAUACAUAUUUAUCAUAUAGAAUAUCAGUUCAAUAAUUGAAGUGAUUUCGCCAAAUUAGUUUAAUUUUAAACUGUACAUUUUAGUGUUACUGCGUACAUAUGUACGUUGUGUAUGUAUUGCCGUUUAGUGAGUAGCGCCUGCCCUGCAUUUGACUUUGCCCCACCAAACACCGAAUUUUGUAUGAUUUUCAGCUUUUUGCAGAAACCCAACCGCAAUCCCACUAUAGUCGACCUACAUAUUUCAAAAUGUACAAUUGUUGUUGCACCUUAAUUUACAAAAAACACUUUUUUUUUAUUUUAUAAAAGCUGAAAGCAUGCCUUUCCCACCACGUGACAUAAAGCGGCAAAAACGUUUAGUAAAAGUCAUCUUGUUGAGAUAAAUUAAAAUUUCAAACUUUUGAGAGUUGCCUCGAUGCAUUUCACUCGAGGUGUUUCUCAAGAAUGUCAAAACAUUGACUUUUUUCCGUUUUAGAUGAUUUUGCAAACAUUGCAUAUACCGUAUAUUCUCAAUAGUGAAUUCAUUUAUCAACCAUCUAUUCAUUUUAGAAGUUGUGCAAAUAAUUUUAUUCCAAAAGCUUUCAAUCGAAAUUUUCAAAUCUAUUAUGGUCUAACUGGUUAGUAAGUUCAUCGAAUGACGGCAGAAAUGCCCAAACAACUUUCAGAAACUCCGUGAGGAAAUAGUUAAUUCAUAAAUGUGCAAGAAACAUGCCGGUUCGACAGAUUUGGUACAUAAGGACACCUUAUGUUGUGGUCAAAUAUAGAUAAGUACAGUGUUCAUAUAAUAAUUUUGGAAAGAAUUUAUCCUUGCUGUGUUUCCUGUGAAAUAACCCUCCAUAGACCGGUAACUAUCUUGAUAGCAUAAGAAACUGUUAGCUGAGUAGGUUUGGAAGAGGACGUGAGUGCGGAACGGAUACUCGGAAGACUCCAGAUCAAAGGAAAAAAUUAUUUGCACAACCCUGAAAAUCUUAAUAAGCCCAUUUAAAGCACUCGCACAUUGAAAAAAAAAAUGACAAACAUAAAUAUUUAUAUACUCGUACAUGUGUAUGCAUCGUUUUUUAUUGCAUGAACCAUUAAUUGCUAUGUGUGGCAUACAAUUAAAUACUGAGGUUACUCAUUUAAUGUGGCAUUUAUAUCAAAAUGGCAAUUUGGCGGCAAGAGUUAAAUGAGCGUCAAGAAUAAGGAAAAAACAAAAACUUUUAAAAAUUGUUCGAUGUAAAAUGUGGUUUUGUGACGUUGCCAUACGUUUGCGACAUUCAAUGGGUACCCUCACUACAUAUUUAUUAAAUGCGCAUUUUACUUUCUGCCCAUCUGACAUUGCACAAUGAGGAAACAAAUUGAGCGAUCUUUUUACCACCGUUCGUAUGGAAUCGAGUCGAUCGAAAUGAUGAAAUUCUGUUUUAUACGAAAUAAUUAAAAUCAUGCUAAGCCAAUUUUUACCAGAUAAACCGUUGUAUGUAUUUAUAGUAUAUAUCACUUGUCACUCAUUAAAUGCAAGUUUGCAAAUGUUUCAACGGAAUGUUUAAGGAUAUGAUUGACUGACACUCACGGCCCCAAGCACAGCACAUGAACACACACACACACCUAUGUAUUUCCGACCUGAAUACGCCAGAUGUACUUAUCAAUAUAGAGCGUAUUGUAUGAAUCAUACCUACAUACAUAUAUAAAUACGUGUGGAUCGAUAGAUUAUUUCAAGAUAGGCUUAGUGUAGAUUUACGAAAAACUUGAAACUUUAAACCAUUAAUUAUGAUAAUAAUUUGCAUGGAUAAAUAUAUACAUUCAUGUAUAUAUAAUAGAAUAUAAUGUAGCAGUAUACAGACAUAUAUUCGAAGAAAUUAGUAUCUAAGUGGUAUACAUACUCGUAAGAGGUUCUAGCAUUUUUUCAUAACAUUCCUCAUUUAAAGUAUUGUAGAUGUAAUGAAGCUUUGCUUAUCCCCAUACAUUUAGAUAGUUGUAGAUUUAUAAUAAUUCGUUCUUAGAGCGAUUUUUGUUCUUGUUGUAGUUAAAACAUAAUUAAGUUGAUAUAUUGUACUUACAUGAUAACUUGAACAAAGGCAAACAUAUCCAUUUUGAAAACGCGUUCGAUAUUUAUCCUAAUUAUUUGAUACGAUUUGAUGUAAUUGAGUGUCUUCUUAACCUCGACAUAUUGUCUUCUUCACUCUCAGUACGAUGUAUUUAAUGAUUUUAAGUGUGUAUGUAUGUGUGUAUGUAUAUUGUUGAUUGUAUUCGUGUAAAUAUGUAGUUAAUGUUAUUGAAAUUCGAAAAUAUUUACAGUUAACAAAUCUUUAUAAAUAUUAAUCACAGAAUUAUUGCAUUAUAGCAAGUCUCCCAUAAAUAGUGUUUAUGUAUAAUAUAUAAGUAUUUUCUUUGAUGUUGUUGUUGAUGCUUUGCGAAUGUAACUCUUCAAUCCUUCCCCUUUGAGUACCUAGAAAACUGUACCUGCAUAUUUUUAACAAUACUUAAUUCUUUAACAAAACAAUAGUCUUCUAUUACAGACUGUAAUUUUUGGUAGUCGACACUAACUCAGACUGCAACAGAUGCCUAUUGAGUAUAGACUCCUCACAUAUAACCCCAAAUGGAAUAGCAAAUGUAAUAUAAGACGAUUUAUUGAGCUUUUUCACUUUUGUGAAUAAUUUUAAGAGAUACAGCAGCCAGCGUAAUGAAUGAACUUGUUUAACGUAUUUCAAUGAGCGAAAUGUUCGACCAUCCAAACAUAUUUUUAUGAUUUCUCAGAUUGUCUCAAACAUUUUCAUAACAUUUUCAAAGCUUAUGAAAACCCAUCCAAUUAAAUUUAUGGAUUGAUCUUAUAUUGGAAUAAGUAUAAAUAAAUAUAAUAUACAAUGGCUGCUGUAGUCGAGUCCACUGGAUGUAUCGAAUGAUCAAAUUUUACCGAGCAAAAUGUUUUCAGAACUUUUCCGAACUUUUCAGGCAUUGUUUGACCUUCGAGUGUAGUUCUGAUAUGAAAAAUGAUUUCAUAUGAUCCAAGUACCAAUUGUAUAUAUGCAACUUUUGCGUGUUAAAAGAUUUUUUUUUAUAAAAUUGUACAAUUCAUGUUUAUUGUUAUCUCUACACCCACACUUAUGCACUCAGACUUGCAAACCACACUCUUAAGUGCCUUAGAUGUGUCAAAACUCAUUCAUCUUAUAUGUAUAUAUAAAUAUCAUUUCGAUGUUCUUGAUAAUUGUGCCCCAAUUAAAUCCAAAAUCCCCAGCAUACGCCUUUAUAUAUGCAUCAGCGUACACAAAAAUACUCACAAAUACUGCAAAUAUAUAUGUAUAUAUUCAACACAAGUUUGCACUCUGUGAGUUUGUUCUCAAAAAGCUGAAAAUUGUAAGGUCUGAUUUGAACUACAUCUGGCAUACAUACAUACAUAGAAAUUUCGGAAAAUAUAUGCAGGCGGGCAAGCGAGAUCUCAAAAUAAUCAAUAACUCAAACGGUUUAGUACAAAAUAUGCUAUAAAAUCGAUUGCCUUGAAAGGGUAGAGGCGAUAUGUGUCAUUUGGAUUUACCUUGACUUGGUAGUAUUGGUUGUUGGUGCACACAUACACAGUUAAUAUACAGAAAAUACACAGUUCCUCCACGCAAAUAACAAAUUUACAUUACAUACAUAUCAAUUUUCCACCUGAAAUAAACAUGCAUAACCUCAAAUAUUAUACAUUCACAUAUAUUCUCAACAAAGACUUUCAUUCUGCAUUAAAUCAAUUAAAAAUUUCAUAUGAAUAACAUGUCUACAAAUAUCUACUACAUAUGUACAUCCAAAAAUGUAAGUACUAAAUUUAUAAAAUAGAGGCUGUGAAGCUUUGAAAACAUCUACACAAAUUAGGGUUGUUCCACAUUUUUUUCUCAUUUUUUGUAAACAAUACCACCACAUUGAAUCCAUCUUACUUCCUUUAAUGUAUAUAUUAAGAUAUGGACUGGAAAGCUGGCUGGAUCGCGAUCUAACCUCAAAGCAACGUUUGGGAAUACUUCAUACUACCUUCUGGCAACAUAGUACAACAACGUUCAUUAAAUUUUAGUAUGCAUAUUUAAGUCAGUUGUAAUUGUAGUACCCCACCAACUCCCACCCCUACGAUUUUGCAUGACACUGAUAGAUCCUCUUUCAAACCCUCUCACGUACUUGUGGCGUACCUCCCAUAAAAUAUUUGUACAUGUUCUCUGCUAUAGUAUUUAUAUGUAUAUUUGUUUGUUUAUUUAUUUAUUUUUAAUUUUUUAAUAAUAUAUGUUAGAGUAAAACCGAAUUAUCUCUAGUUUGUACGUGUGCAUAUCAUAUAUGUCUUGAUAGAUAGAUUUUCUAUAUGUUCUGAUAUAAUUAAUUUUACAACCCAAUAUAAUGUUAGCAUUCGUAUAUAUAACCGACUUGAAAUCUUAAAGUAAGUUAAAGAGUGCAAAAACAAUAUCCAACAAUUUUCAGAAUUCAAUCCAUUGAUCCAUUCUACUUCUGAAAUAAUAGGAUCUUUGUAACAACACUUUUUUGUAGAAUCUCUCUGAAGAUUCUAACCCAAUUUGUGACUUGCGUCUUUCUUUUUGUUAAUUUAAAAUAUACAAAUUGUUUGGGUAAGAAAAUUAUUAAUUUUUUCGGAAGAUUUUACACAAAUCCUAUUAGUACCAGUCCAGGGUCCAUAAUAGCCGAAGAUCUUUUGUAGAAUUAGUUUAAUUUUUUUUCUGGUCUGAACGAUAUUUUACUUUUUGAGAUAAUAUUACUGAUUCUAGAUCGAAUAGUUUGCAAUCAAAAGCAUUUUAACAUCAGGCUUUUUUUGUUUGGGGUCAGUUUUAUUCAAUACGUCAUAUAUAUGUAUGUAGGUGAAGGAAACGGUAUGUAAUGUCGAAUAUUGUAUAAAGAUAGACUAAUUAAGUCUGCAGUUUCAUUAUAAAACUGAAUAAUGUAUAAUUAUGUACUUAAGUCAUUAUUGAAUAAAUAACAUUGUCUCGUUUUACGAUCCUACAGUUACACAAUUCACGCUACUAAAUGCAACCAUCUUCUGGCUUACUCAAGUCGCACUCCGCAAUAUUGGAACAUAUCACUACUAAAGCAUCCAUACUUAUUUCCUUUUUCAUUUGCUAAUCUAAAUCUUUUUCAGUACCAGCUAUUCUCCGGUCGAACUUAAGAACAUUUUUUCACAAGUCACAGCUAUAGAAAUCAUUUUUAGCUCAUCUAGCAUUCGUUUAGCAAAUAGCCCCGAUUUCAACUGCACCAAAUUACAGCGUGGCCUCCGGGCAAAUGGCUAAGAGAGCGAUGUGUCUCUGGGAAAGCGUUCGAGUAUCACGAAUGGGAACACGUUGAAGUCUUCGCGCAACCUUACCUGGACUUUUAACUGUUUACCUCAUGUACACACCCACAUACUCACACCACUACAGUUUGACACUCACAUAUUCUGCACAGACACUUAUAUAAAUCACUUUUCAAUGCACAAACAAAUACACCUCCAAUUAGUAUCAUCCGAAUUGAGCUUCGUAUUGUGUCUAACACGAACGAACCAAACUUAAAUAGGAAACGCAAUAACAAAUAUACACACAUAUUUUCGAAAUAUGGAACAGCGUGAACGCUGUAAAACAACCGUACCCCCAUGCAAAUGCAAUCAUUUUUGAAGAAAAUAUUACUUAGUAGUUGAUACCAACAAGUAGAAUACAAGUAUACUCGUGUUAGAAAAUCUGGAAAUUCGAUUGUAUUUGAAACCUCCAAUUAUGCAUAUACUAACCGACAUUUCCGGUUUUCCAAUCUCUAAUUAUUAGCGUCUCUAGAAAACAAAUACAACUAGCUAUGAUAUAUGGUAUUUACUCGUGUGUAUUUAAUAUGUUGAUGUUCACAUACUCGUAAAGGAAUCUCGAUGUUUUAGUAGAGCCAAAUGUUGUAGGUGUAUCGGAAGACAGUUCCAACGACACUUUGGCGCACAUCAAAUACAUGUGAAUGUGUGUAUGUAGGUGUACAAGUAGCUAUACGUAGUGUUUAACUAAGUCGAAAGCGGCAUGAAAGAUAUCUCAAAGCUUCUCUCGUCUUUACUUCAACACUUUAACUAAAAAGUUCUUUGAAAAGAAUAAAGAUUUCAGAUUUCAGGCAGAACCCUUUAAUAAGAGGUUUUCGAGUUAUGGCACAUUAGAAAUGUUUAAAGAUUUGUUAGAUUGGAAAUAACUAUUUAGCAAAAGUAUUUAUGAUUUCAAGACUUAGAACCAAUACUCCAGCAAUAUAUAUAAAUGUUUAGAUGUUGACAGGAUUUAUUACAAAUUCCAAUUAUUAUGGCAACGGAAGUUCAAAGAAACAUCAUAAAAGCACCACAACUACUACUACUGAGCCAAAGGUUGUUAAUCCUCUGAAAAGGGCAGGUCCCUACCCAAAUCUGGAUGUAGUUAGUUAUAAUGGAAAUCCAUACAUCCGGAUAUAUGAAUUCAUUGAUGUGUGAAUGUAUGUGACAGAUGCCGUUUACGGUAAAUAAAAAACAACAGUCGUAAUAAUUAAAGAAGAUUUGUUUAAAUGUGCUCACUUCAUAAGUAGAAUAAUUAGAAAACACACAAUGCGUAAGGACCUUCAAGAUGACCGCAAACAAAACGGAAAGGUUUAAAGAUGUUGAUGUUAGAAACAACAAACGAGAGAGGAUUUAUUGAUUUGUUGAAAUAGCGAAAUUAUUUAUUGCUGUUAGAGAAUCAAAACGUAAGAAAAGAGGUUAUAACGAUUGUUGGGAUUUUUGCGGACGCCAUACGGUGAUCCUAUUACAAAACUAUAUUUAAUAUUAGAUAUUAUAUAAAUCGUAUUCAUAUACAGAUACUCUGUCAAUUUUACAGCACUAAAUGAAAUGUCCAAAGUAUAAGCAUAAGAAAAAAACUCUAUAAAAGCAUAAAUAUAUAUAUAUACACACAUCUAUUGAAAACUGUAUUUCUAAAGUUAAAACAAAAAUAAUAUUUCUGCAAACUAUUUGGAUUGUUCAAGAGUGUAGACACAUUAAAUAAGAAAUAUACAUACAUAUAUAGUUACUUCUUAUCAGAGUACCUAAUUAUUACGUUAUUACAUAUAUGUAUAUCUAUUUGUACAAUUCGUGUAUCUAAAUGACAAUCAAUAUAUUUCCAUGUAUAAGGCGAAAAUCGUGUAGCAUUACUUAAAAAAUCUUCAUUGGCUCAAUGUGGAAACGGCCUACUGCAUGAUCUUCCAAAGAAAAUAUUAAAAUUUCUCAAUUUCCAGUUGAGAUAAACUUGCGAGGUGCGCAACUACUUCUUAAUAUUCAAAACUUCGCAUGCUUGGACCGUUUCCACAUUGAACUAAGCAGAUACUCUAAAAAUUUUAGUAUAUACCUGCCUAUGUGAAUACACUUAUACUUCGUGUUAUAGUAAAUCACAAACCUGUCCAUUUUUAUCCGAAAACGUCAAACUAGUAAAUUCAUUCACAGGGAUUGCCUAACUUUCGCGUAUGCAAUCAAUUCAACAGGUUGGACUAACGCACCCUGAGUGCUUGUGGGUUCACACCACCGAUCGUAACAAUACUCGUAUUAUACGAGAAUCUGAUAAUCAAAAAAUAUAUACAAACAUACUUACAUACAUUUUUAAAUAUGCUUAUGUAUGUUUUUUGAAAAUGCAAAGUCGCAAACGUUUUUUAAUAAAACAUUUUUUUUUUCAUUACUACAAAGUUUACAAAAUAAAAAAUUUUUUAUUGACUAAGCAUGCGUAUAUAUUAGCAUGCACGCGUGUUUGAUCCGUUUGAUAAUUAGUCCAAACUUAAAGGAAAAACAAAUUAAAUUAGUAUAGAUCACGGCUGCAGCUCUCAAUUUUCUAGCCAAAGGCAGCCAGUGAAAUCAUUUGAAAAUACAUUUUCACUUAUGAAUAUUUAGAUGUAUGUGUUUCUUCGAGAAAACCCAAAAUCACAAUCUUCGUGUGUAAAGUAUUUGUUUAGGCGAAUCUCCAUUGUUAUGAAUUUACUUUCGUUUUUCCUUUUCUCUUAAUUAUAAAUAUAAAUGGUAAAUACAUAUAUUUGUUUGAGUAUAUUAAUUGCACUUAAAUUUAACAUAAAAAAGGGGAAAGCAAAAGCUCAAAAACGACUGAAUUCGAAUUAAUUAGUUAACUAAUUUGCAUAUAAACAUAUAUACAUAAUCAAUUAUAUGACUAAUUUUAGUAACCGAAAAUAAUUUGCCACAUUUAGGAGCAUUGCCAAAUAUAUUGUGGAAUAACAUGAACAUGUAUGUAUGUACUCGUAUAUUUUAUAAGCAGUUCGAUUAUUUUUACAAACUAUAAACUUUAGUGUAAUUACGAACCGACA